UCUCUUUCUAAUUCCCUAAUUUUUCAAUUUUUAAUUUCUCAAAUCUGAAAAUGGAAAUCCUCCGAUCCGCUGGUUUUCCCUCAGCGUGAUCUUGGAUUUCUCGGGACAAACCCUUAUUUUUGUUUUUAAUUGCAAUCUUUAUUUCGUCAAAUUAUCCACCAAUUUUUGGUGAAAAUGUUGGUGGUUGGAUUUAAUUCUCAUGCAAUUUCAGAUAAUGGAAUUGUGGUAUUGCUAUUGUCCUUCUUUUAAGUUGUACUAAUUCAGUUUUUUUUUGGGGUGAAAUUUUUAGGGUUUUCUUUUUGAAAUUAUUGAUAAAGUUGUAAAGUUUUGCGGAGAGAAGGGAGAAAAAUGGGGGAGCAUUUGGUGUUGUAUGUGGAUCGCUUGGUGAAGCCUACAAAUGUUGAAGAGAACGAGGGAGCUUCAUCUUCUUCAUCGUCAUCUUCGUCGUCGUCGAAUGCAGGUUUGGAGGGGAAAACUGAUGAGAGAGAAGAAGUAGAAUCAACAGGAGGGGAGGAAGAUGAACCCCUCAUUCAGGCUGGUGAAUGUCGAAUUUGCCAGGAAGAAGAUUGUGUUUCGAGCUUGGAAGUUCCCUGUGGUUGCAGUGGGAGCUUGAAGUAUGCACACAGAAAGUGUGUUCAACGCUGGUGCAAUGAGAAAGGGGAUAUAACGUGUGAGAUAUGCCACCAGCCCUACCAACCUGGUUACACUGCUCCUCCACCACCACCUCAUUCUGAAGAUGCUGCAAUAGAUUUUGGUGGAAGCUGGACAAUAUCUGGCACUCCUUUGGACUUGCAUGAUCCUCGACUUCUCGCAAUUGCUGAGGCAGAGCGGCAGUUUCUUGAAGCUGAUUAUGAUGACUAUGCUGCUAGCAGUGCCAGUGGGGCUGCAUUCUGCCGUUCAGCCGCAUUAAUUUUGAUGGCUCUUCUGCUGCUAAGGCAUGCGUGGACUGUACCAGAUUCCGAUGAUGAGGAUGAUAUGUCAGCCUUUUUCUCGCUUUUCUUGCUCCGGGCUGCCGGAUUUCUUUUGCCUUGUUACAUUAUGGCAUGGGCCAUCAGCAUCUUGCAGCGUAGAAGACAACGACAGGAGGCUGCAGCUUUGGCGGCAACUCAAGUUGCUUUUGUGCUUCAAUCAGGGCAGCGUAGGGGUGUGCAGUUUAUGAUAGCACCACGUUCUCCUUCAGCUGUGGCCCAAGAAACUGUUUAGUGGUCCAUUGUAGCAAUCAAUACCUGCCAAAUUUGGGGAGAAAUGGUGACUACAUCAUCUAAUCAAGUCAUGUUUCAUAUAUAUUCUUUUUCGCUCCUAAGUAUUAUUUGCACCAGUGUUAAAGGUCCAGACUCCCGAAGCUCGCUAUUCUUUGUAAUCGUUUGUGUUUAACGUGCUUCAUGCUGUAUAUAAAGGUCUUAAUUUGAGCUGUUAAAGAGAAUUCUGGGCUUUUCCCAAUUGAGCCCUUGGUCUUUGUCUGAGUAACUUCAUGCCUAUAAUUACAAACUCACGGAUAUACUCUUAUUAGUUAUUACAUCCUUAACAUCAUGUUUUGUAAUUCGUCUGCUGUAAUGGUAGAUUUGGAUAAAAAAUUCUUAGUGUUUAAGAGUUUAUCCCUUUUCUUACAAUCUCAACUUAUGUACUUUUUUCAUAUUUAUUUUACAGUAAUGAAUUCACUUUAUAAUA